GUUUUAACCAACGGGCACUUGUUGUUGUGGAAACGAGUCAAAAUGGCGAUUUACAUGUAAAAUUACAAACGUAAAUGGAAGUAAACGGCUCUUAAAAUUGAUGUUCAACUCACCGUAAAGCUCUCAAGUUUUAUACUGUUAAUGUUUGAAGUGUGAGACGUGAACAUUCUCACAAUGGCUGAAACAAAAUCAAUGAGAGUUGUCCCAAGUGGCAAGAUUUACCGACAGAUGUUUGAAGCACAGGUUCAACUAAAUCGUAGCCUGACAAAGAUCCAGCGAGAUUCCACCACUGUUACAAAGUCCUCCCAGCUGGGUGCAAGUGUUCCGGUUGUUCAUCUGACAAAGGAUGACAUUGAACAUGGGCUCCUGGAUGAAAGGCAGCGUACCUGGGCUGAUGGCUUCCCAAAUGAUCCCUUCACUGAGAACCCUGUGGCCUACAAGCAGUAUGCUGAGUACAUUGGUUCCCAGAUGAAGGAACCAGUAAGCUCCAUUGAGGGCAGGGAAGUGAGAGGACUGCCUGAUGUUGUUGUGGCUGCCAAGGACAAGUCAAAUAUAAUUGAGCGUAUAGCGGCCAGCCGUAAGGAGAGACAUGAGUCUACCGUGGAUGAGAUGCAACAGGAGUUGAGUCUGAUCAACGCUGAGAUGGAGCCCCGCAUUUCUGAGGCCUGUUCUGGUCUCCUGCAAAGACUUGAGGAAGAUGAUAAGGAGAUAGCAAGGAAACUUGCCCGCAUAGAGACAGAUAAGGAUCUACUUUCGUUUUCUCUCAACGCUCUCAACAAUCUCUGGGCGGACAUACAGGCGCAUUCCGAGCAGCGUCAAUCUUGGAUCGUCUCCCUUGAUGACUCUCUGAAGAAGGUGGAAGACGACCGGAUGGAAAUGAUUCGUCAAGUGUUCAAGGACUAUGCAAAGACGCUGGAAAAGAUUGCUCACAUCCUGGCCCCUGAUCUACAAAGGUUCCUUGACAAGGAGUCACAGAUGAUUAACCAGACUGUGCUCAGUAACAGGCGAGCUUAUGGGGACCUUUACGUGCGACUGAUGUCUAGCGACAUUGAGAGGGAGCGUGCCCAGAACAAUGUCUGGCGUCGUAGAGUGGAUGACUGGAAAAUCCUGAAAACUGAGCUGGCAAUUGAACAAUUCAGGACAUUUAUGGAGGCUGAUAGAGUUGUCUCCCCUGUGGAAGUACAGAAGCAGCUCACCUACAUGCUCAAAGAGCAGGAAAUCCUGAACCAGAAACGCCUUGAGCUUGUCAAUCAAUUGAGAGAUUUAAUGCCACCAUCUUCCACAAAGACCUCAGUAUACCACUGGAAUAAAGGAAUACAGGACAUUUCACAGGAAAUUGAUACAACCAACCAGAUACAUCUCUCCAAACUUCACAAGGAGUACGAGACUGUCUGCCAGGAUUGUUUGCAGGAAAUCGAGAGAAUCAAGCUGGAUCUGCUGGACACAGGAGUGUGCUCAGAGAGCCGUGCCAAGUCCGUGGUGGAAGAGUUUAUGAUACCGCUGGUAGGGGAGAGACAGGGAGUCUACGAGAGAAACUUAGAGACCAUGGAGAGAGCCCUGGAGGAGCAGAACAAGAUGUCUGGAGAGCAGCUGAAGUCCCUGUUCAAGUUUGCGCAGGGUGCGGCCCACGUGUGGGACGUACACGAGAUAGGGCUGGCUAGGCAGGAGCGCUCUCUACAAGAGAAACUGGAACAGUGUCGACAGACGCAUGACAACCAAAACCAGGACAAAGAGGCCCAUCUGGAUAUCAUCAUGGACCGUAUGAGACAGGACGCCACAGAGAAGGCAUUGAAGGACAGCCUCACAAGGGCGCUCGAAAUGCUGGAUAAGAUCAGACAUGCUUAUGAAGUGUUCCACAGCGAUCAAGAGAACAUUGUGAAGCAAUACCCAGAUAUGGUGAAGUCUGAACUAAACAACUAUGAUGAGGCCCUAUGCAAGCUGUUCUCAUUGGAUAGGAACAAGCCGUCAGAACAAACAAGGGAAGCAACUCAAGAUAGUAUCACACCGGAUGAUACUAUUGUCGAGGAUGGGAUGGUUGGCAAGAAGAAAUCUAAGACACCUCUUCAGAAGCCUGUGAAACCAGAACAGCCCAAGGAGAUUAAGGACAUCCCUAGUGCUAUCAAUGAAGUCCUGCAGACGAAGAAGGGCACCAUGUUUUACGUGCUCACGGUCGCAGGCGAGCACGGGAUCCCAGCGGAAUAUGGCGGAGUUAGCGAGAGGAGGGGACGAUCCAUGUCUGUGGUGGAAGCAACAGAUGAUCCGGCGUUCAUGACAGAGGUUUCCGGUCUGUCUGAGGAUCAGGAUUGGCGACCGGAUUACAUCAAAACCAUUGAUGUCCCAGAAAGCCUCCUUGUGGAAAUUCGUAAAAUCAUCCGGUUGAACUUCCUGAACCACCUUGAAGACUGGACAGAUCAAGCAUCAGAGCGGGCGUCCAGUGUUGUAGUUGCAAAAUGUGAGGAGCUAAACAGCGAACUUGACCUUCGUCUUCACCUGCACAAGCCUAGGGCGCGCAGAGCUGAAUACGAUGUUCACAAUGUUCGAGCAGCUGAGCUUGUGAUGCACUCUGAGAGAGUCACACGUCACUGCAAGGGGAUCACGCAGGCGCUGACGGAGGUGCGGAACCGUUUUGUCUCCAUGACAACCGAACACAACGAGCUGGCCAGCAAGUUCCGCAAGGACAUCGAGGCACUCGAGGUGGUCUUCAUAAACGCUACCAAGGCUUCCAAACUGUACAACUUGAAGAAUCAGCUGAAUGUUGAGCUGGACAAGUUCAUGUCAGUUAUCCGCGCGUCUCUGCGUCAGUUCAGACAGCACCUUGACGAGACCCUGCAGAUGCUGAGAGAGUCUAACGCACGGUUCAUCAAGUCCUUUAAGGUAUUCAGCGAUGGUGGCAACUUCUGCCCUGAAGAGAUCGAGGACUAUCGCAAGCGUCUGGACAAGAUGGCCGCCAAUGUGGACAAGGCUGAGGGCUCCAUCAUGUCUGACCUGGAGGAUAUGGAGUCCAAACGUCUGGAGCAGGCCACCAAGGUUGCCAUGGAGUUUGAAGACAGGUUUAAGAGCCACAUGUUUGACCUGAUAUUCAUGGAGAAGAUAGCCCGCUGGCUGACCAACACGCAGGUGAAAAUCAAGGCUGAGGUGGCCGAAAGCAACACCCAUGCACAGAAGCUAGCAAAACACCUCAGCGACAUUGAGCGACGGAUUGACGCGUGCGCUCGACCCAACCUUGAUAAAGAGCAAAUCACAUCUGACCAGCUCAAUGCCAGCCUGAAGGGAGUGUUUGAGGCUUUCCACACACGCAGCGUGUACCUGAACUGCCUGAAGGACCCCACCAUGAGACCCCCGUCCAGCGCCAUGCAGGGACCACCAGCAGUCGGGGCCAGGGUAGGCUUUGUGCAGGACUCCGGCCCCACUCCCAUCAGCAAGGCCGGCAAGCAGCCAGCUGAGGACCCUUCUGUAGGGGUCAUAAAAGGGAUCAUGAGGACCAACAAGAGCAAGAUGAGGUUUGGCCUCGAUGCAGAGCUUGAUGGAGAAUAUGCACAAUCUGCUGAGGCCCGCGAGAAAGCCAAGUCAGCCAUGUCGACCACAAACACAUCUGAUCGAGGUAAAGCAUCCCAGGUUCGUCACGGUCUGUCCCCAGCCUCGGCCUCAGAGAGCAUCCACAGGAAAACCCAGUCAGCUGCGGCAUCAAGUUCGUCCAGAACGGAUUUUGGGAUGCGACGUACAAGCAAGCCAGCCAAGUACGAGAGAAAGACUGUGAUAUUUGGGGAUGCGGCAGAGGACGAAACUGACAACACAAGUCAUUUCCUGGGUAUCGUGCGGAAAACACUCAGAGAGGCACUGGAAGGACUGUUUGCUGCUUCAGAGAUGUACUAUCGUCAGAAAGGAAUGAGGCCCGUGACGAGACCCCAGGCCCUGCAGGAGACGUACGAGCUGUGUGCCGAUGUGAUUGUACAGAAACUGCAGUCCUAUUAUCAACAGGCUGACGAAUACCACAACCAGUGCCUGCAGGGUAAGUUUUAUGUGAAUGCAUUAAAAAAGGGUUUGUGUUUUUACACCCCCAUUACCAUCGUUAAUGGGGGCUAUAUAGGAGUCUCUUUGUCGGUCUGUCUGUCCCGAAAUUUCAACUGAUCUUCACCAAACUUG